AUGCGCUGUGAAGAUGGAGUAGCUUAUCAUUUCCAUCGCUCCACGACAGCAAUAGUUUUUUAUUUAUUUAGGAGGAAUGUCUGUCCUCACGAGGAAGUGGAGAUAGUAACCGUGAAGCAGCCGUGCGUGGAGCGAUACACAAAGUAUGUUCGGACGCGGAAACCGGGCUGCAAUGGACAGUUCAAGAGCUGUUCUGUCCGAGAACCAAAAACGGUCUACUUCCACACGUACAAAAAAGUGAAUCGAACGCGACGGCAUACGGUAGCCGAAUGCUGUGCUGGAUGGGUGCAUGUGCCGGGAAUGGAUGGAUGUCAACGA